AUGAGAGAUAAUCCUGAGAGAUUCAUUGAAAGUAAUACUGAAAUCUCGUGGUUAGAAUACCUUAAUAAUAUGUCUAUGCAAGGGACAUGGGGUGAUGCUAUGAUAAUACAAGCUGUGGCUGACCAGCUUAAGUUAAAAAUUACUAUUGCAGAAACGCAUGAAGGGUUUCGUGAGUACAGUAUAAUACAACCUGUAUCAUCAACACAGCAACUAACUCAUGUCUAUUUGGGUCAUAUAGAUGAGUAUCACUAUGUAUCAACAUUGCCAUGUACUUCAAUGUCAGGUUUUGUUGAGAUAUAUCCUGAACAGUCAACCCAGAGCUCUCAGCCUAAGCAAACAAGAACACAGUAUAUAAACAAAUACAUGAAACAAAAACACGAUAAUGAGAGACAAAGCCCUGAGGCUAAGGAAAGGAGAAGAGUUUAUGCAAAGGAAUAUAGGAAACGUAAACGGGCCAGUGAGAGUUCCCAGCCCUCAGCACUGAGCAUUGAGACUAAGCAAAAGAAAAGACUGUAUGCAAAGGAAUAUAUGAAACGUAAACGGGCCAGUGAGAGUUCCCAGCCCUCAACACUGAGCAUCGAGGCUAAGCAAAAGCAAAGACUGUAUGCAAAGGAAUAUAGGAAACAAAAACGUUGUGAGAUUGAACCACUACAAAGUUUAAUAUCCAAAUUUCAUGAUAUUGUAUCACAAGGUCCUCUUUAUACUUGCACCUGUUGUGACCAAUUAUGGUACAGGCAUAGUGUCAUUCCAGUCACAACACUUAAAGAAAAUUAUCCUGAUGUUCAAAAAAGAUUGUUAAAUAGAAAAAGUGUGAAUAAUGUGGAGUGUUUGUGUAAAACCUGUAAUAAGCAUUUAAAAAACAACAAGGUGCCUCCUUGUGCUGCCGUAAAUGGGCUGCAGUUUCCAGAAAAACCUUUGUUUUUCGAUCUAAAUGAAUUGGAGUGUAGAUUGCUUGCUCCAAGACUUGCAUUUCAAAAAUUAAUGCAGGCUUCUAAAAACCUAUGGGAACAUUGUUAA